UAAAAUUUUGCUGGGUUUUCUUGUUCCUCUUUUGCUGCUUCCCCUUUUUCUCCUUUGUCUCUCUUUCUUUCUCUCUCUAGAAUCUCAAGAGAGCUGCCAAAGCCCCCAUUUGAAACCCAAAAAAAUAAAGGAAAAAAAAUACCCUCCGUUGACUCUUUUUAUUUUCAGCAAGGGGAGCUGAAAGCGUGUAUGAGAAGGAGUUUGAAGCGUGAAGAUGGCCGGCAUUGCAAGUGAGGACUGUGGUGUAGGAAGGUAUGCUGAAGGGAUUUCAAGCGGGCAGCAUUGCCAAACAGGGGAAGCGUUGGCUGAAUGGCAGUCUUCUGAGCAGGUAGAAAAUGGAACACCUUCAACCUCGCUGCUUUACUGGGACUCUGAUGAUGGCAAUGAUGGUGGGCCAAAACCUUCUGAAUUAUAUGGGAAGUAUACAUGGAAGAUUGAGAAAUUUUCGCAGAUAAACAAAAGAGAACUUCGCAGUAAUGCGUUUGAAGUCGGUGGCUACAAGUGGUACAUUUUAAUUUAUCCACAAGGCUGUGAUGUCUGCAAUCAUCUCUCAUUGUUUCUCUGUGUUGCUAAUCAUGACAAACUUCUUCCAGGUUGGAGUCAUUUUGCACAGUUUACAAUAGCUGUUGUGAAUAAAGAUCCAAAGAAAUCAAAAUAUUCAGAUACUUUACAUCGAUUCUGGAAGAAAGAGCAUGACUGGGGGUGGAAAAAGUUUAUGGAGCUCUCAAAAGUUUAUGAUGGAUUUAUAGAAUCUGACACACUAAUAAUAAAAGCUCAAGUUCAAGUUAUCAGGGAGAAAGCAGACCGGCCUUUUCGUUGCCUUGAUUGUCAGUAUAGAAGAGAACUUGUUAGGGUAUAUUUGACAAAUGUAGAGCAAAUUUGUCGUCGUUUUUUGGAUGAUAGACGAAGCAAUCUAGGGAAGUUCAUAGAAGACAAAGCUAAGUGGUCAAGUUUUUGUACUUUCUGGUCGGGGAUUGACCAAAAUUCCAGGCGCCGAAUGUCCAGGGAGAAAAAAGAUAUGAUUUUGAAAGUAGUUGUGAAGCACUUUUUUAUAGAGAAGGAAGUUACAUCUACUUUGGUAAUGGAUUCACUCUAUAGUGGGUUGAAGGCUCUCGAAGGACAGGGCAAGGGCAAGAAAGCAAAGUCAAAAUUAUUGGAUACUGAAGAAAUGCCAGCUCCGAUUGUUCAUGUGGAGAAAGAUAUGUUUGUAUUAGUGGAUGAUGUGCUGCUACUUUUAGAAAGGGCUGCUUUGGAACCAUUACCUCCGAAAGAUGAGAAAGGUCCUCAGAACCGAACAAAGGAUGGGAAUUCUGGAGAUGAUUUCAACAAGGAUUCAAUUGAGCGUGAUGAAAGGCAUCUUACAGAAUUGGGUCGCAGGACAGUAGAAAUAUUUGUUCUUGCUCAUAUAUUCAGCAACAAGAUAGAAGUUGCCUACCAGGAAGCUGUUGCUUUGCAGAGGCAAGAAGAACUCAUUCGUGAAGAAGCUGCAUGGCUGGCUGAAAGUGAGCAGAAGACUAAACGAGGAGCAUCUGAAAAGGAGAAAAAAGCAAAGAAAAAACAGGCUAAGCAAAAGCGGAAUAAUCGUAAAAGCAAAGAUAAAGGGAGGGAGAAGGUUAUUGUAGCAGUAGAGGAGAAGCAACCAGAAAGCCACCUGGAUCAUGUAAAGGAAGUCCCUAUAAUGGUGGAGUUGCAGCAUGUGCCUGAAAAGCCUGAUGUGCUGGGUGAUGUUUCUGAUGUUUCUGACUCGGUGGACGGUGCCACUGAAGUUCUUCAGCCCGAUUCAGAAGACAGAGAUGCUAGUCCUGUCAACUGGGAUACAGAUACAUCGGAAAUUCAUCCUCCCACAGAAGCCAGUAGUAGUGGCAUAAAUGGUCUAUCAUGUGUACGGAAUGGAGUAGCCGAUAGAAGGAGCACAUUUAUAAUGGAUGAUAGUUCAUCAACGUGUUCAACAGAUUCAGUACGAUCAGUGGUAAUGAAUGGGCACUACAAAGGGAACUCAUUUUCAAACAACCAAAAUAAAAGAUCACCAAACCGAGGAAAGGACCAGCGAAGGAACACAUCAACCGAUGGCAGUGGUUGGACUGUCGAAACUAAUAGUCGGCCUUCUUGUCCUAGACUAGAUGCGGGGGAGAGCAAUGAUGUUUCUGAAAGUAGCAAGGCUGGUGAAUCCGAUUCUGUAGCUACUGUUUCCUCCUUGCCGGAUCAGACAAAGUGGGUUGAGCUGGAUUCUGUUAAAAAGGAAGAAGUUGAUUUAGAAAGACCUAAAGAGAAGACGGCUGCUAUGCCAUCCUCUCCUAGUGGCCUUCCGAGAAAUCUGUCACCUACUGUGCAGUUCAAGUCAGAGUACAGGAGUGCUGGCAAUUUGGAUUCUAUGCCAGUUAGGAAGGCAACGACAAACAGCUUGCAACAGAGUGAUCAACCUGCAUCUUCAAGUACAUCAUUUCAAAUGGCCGGUAUAUCAAAAUCCGAGAUUCAGAAGGCUGCAGCUCCAAAACCAACCGAAAAACUAAUGGCCUCACAAGUACCUGUCAUGUCAAGGCCCUCAAGUGCUCCUCUAGUUCCUGGUCCUAGGCCAACAACUCUUGUUUCUACGGUUCAAACUACUCCUUUUCUUGCUCGUUCAGUUAGUGCAGCUGGCCGUUUAGGUCCUGACCCGUCACCAGCUACUAGUUAUGUUCCUCAGUCCUACAGAAAUGCAAUAAUGGGUAACCAUGUUUCUUCUAGCUCAGCUGGUUUCACUGAUCCCAACUCCCGUAGCUCAGGAGUGAAUUCGCUGCCAGCAUACUCACAACCACCUGCCUUGGUAUCUGCACCGGUUUAUAUACCCCAUAGCCCCGAUAGGAUAGAGCCAAAUUCUGUCCAGUCGGGCUUUCCAUUUGGCAUGGUAACUAGAGAUACCUUGCCAAGUGCACCUCAAUGGUUGGAGAGUUCUCGAAGGGAUGGAAGUAGAAGUACGCACUCUGAUCCUUCAUUGCUUAGUGAGAUCCAAAAUCUUGACCUGUACAAGUCCGAACGUAAUGCAACCCAGGAACACGUCUUUGCUGAGCUUCCAGCAUGUACAUCUGGAUAUCAUUCCCAAGGUGUAUUGGCAGAUGAGUUUCCGCACCUUGAUAUAAUCAACGACUUGCUUGAUGAAGAAAACAAUGUUGGGAGAGCAGUUAGGGUAGGAACAGGGUUCCGUUCUCUUGGCAACUGUUCACAUUUAUUUCACCGGCAAUUUUCUUUUCCUUCCAAUUUGGGCAUGUCGGGUGAGAUGGGAUCCUCGAAUGGUGCAUGCAGGUUUGACCGAGCACGCAGUUUCCAUGAUGAUGGAUUCCGACAAGGUUACAGUACUUCCUCGGACAACCAUUUCGAUACCCCGAGGGAAUUUAUUCCACAUGCUAACCCCCUACCUUACGCCAAUGGACAAAUUGAUGGAUUGGUCCCAACCCAGUGGCUAACGCCUUCUUCUGAUCCAUCUUUACUCGGGAUGAGGAAUACAGAUGUUGACAGUUACCCAUACUACAACCAAGAUUAUUCUAAUCUGGCAUGCGGCAUCAAUGGCUAUACAGUAUUCCGACCUUCCAAUGGAUACUGAAAAAAGGUAACCGAAGGCCAAGUUCGUGCACGAAUUCAGUUGUUACUUAUUCGAUCCGAUAAUGUAUUUGAGGAAAAUUUAUUGGGUCUUAGGUUUGGAGUGAGUUUGUAAUCUUUUCUUUUAAGGAACACAUUUAGUAAAGAGUGUUUACGUUCUAUGCAUCAAUCAUUUAUAGCUUUAUUACAGCUUUGUUCUA